AUGUCUGGUAAGCAGCCUCAGUCUGGCCCUGGCCAAGCCCAAACGACGCCAACCAGUGCCGACGCGACGGGCCGGGCUGGAGUAGCUGCAGAGCCCGCUGGCGACUUGAUGCAGUUUGCCACCGCGCAUGCCGGACAGGACAUAGUCUAUGCUCCCGAAUAUCUCAUCAACGCGGCAACACACGCGCCCGUCAAGUGCAAUGAGGGGGGGGUGCAUUGCUAUGCAUCAUGCUCGCGUUGUAGCCUUGCUCGCGCUGAAUUCAGUUCGAGGGCUGGCUGGGAGUUUCACUCGCGACAGAGCUCGUCCACUUCGAGCACGACCGUCAACUUUGGUGCUUCAGACGUGGGCCUUGGCGUCUGCGUCAAUUCGGCCGCCACAGCGCGCGAGCACGACGAAAAGAAGUUUUCGGGCAUCAAAAUCAAUCAGACAGGAGUCAGCUUCUGGCGCACAACCUGCGUCUGGUGCGGUCAAGCCCAGCCCAGUGAUAGUGAUGUACUGACCUUUUUUCAUGACUAUCUGAGCGGCGCGCUGACAUCGGAUCAAGCACGCUCGAGGCUGGCCAGCGUAGGCCUCGAGAUUCGCGAAAUGAGUGAAGAAACCGCCGAUGCAGAGCUGCUCCACGAUUUCAUGACAGCCAACAUGGACGCUCGUGCAGCGGCUGGACAGCCGCCUGAGAUUCACGCACGGGCCAAUCACCACCGUCACCAGGCGCGCGCCUCCUCCACAGCACGUGGUCGUCCUGCAGCAGCGAGGGCAACGGAAGAUCAAGCGCAGCCAUCUCCACGCGUCUGUGAUAUGACCUCAGAGCAGCUGUAUCACUAUCUGGUGCAGCAGAAUGUCGACAAAGUUGUGGCCAACCGAAUGCGCGAAAACGCCUACAGCGGUGCCAGCCUCGAGCACUUUAAUGAGGAAGAUCUCGAUUUUUUGGUGCGUCUAUCCGUUUGCCAGUGA